AUGCGUACUGAGGACAAUCGGUUACUCGUCUACCUUAUUCAACUCAUCACAGCAUUACAAUGUGUACAGUCGUAUUGCGUAAUGUACGAUGUAUGUCAUAUCGAACAUUCGAGUCCGAUGAAUUGUCGAGCCGACGAGAAUUUCACCGCACGUCCAGUACAUUCGUUGUCCGAAGAUGCGGCAAAGAAACUCGAAUACAUAUGUCCGCAUUUACUCGAAGGUAACGAUGGCAUCUGUUGUUCGUCCGCUCAAGUUCUAGCGAUGAGCAAACAACUACGGCAAGCUAGCAGUUUACUGGAACGAUGUCCAUCGUGCUAUGAUAACUUCCAGAAGUUGUGGUGUGAAUUCACGUGUUCACCUCGGCAACAUAUGUUCAUGGAGAUCUUGCAAGAGCUUCCCGUAACAGAGACGAAUAUUUCAUUUAUCAACAAGGUACGAUACAAUGUGAGCAAAGAUUUCUCGGAUGCUUUGUACAACUCAUGUAAAGAUGUAUCCAUGGCGGGAAGUUCGACAAAAGCAAUCCGAUUAAUGUGUGGUAGUUUGAAGAAGAACGAGGUGUGUACAAUCGACAACUGGCUUAAGUUCAUGGGAACUCAAAAUCAUAGGAUUGGUAUACCCCUCGGAAUCGAAUUCAACCUAAUCGAUACGAAGCAAGGACCAGACGAUGGCCUGGACUACUUCAUGACCGUACCGACGACUCCAUGCCAUAUGUCUCCGCGCUACGGUCGUGAGAAGUGCUCGAAACAAGAUUGUGCUGCCGUACAAGUUGAGGACCUUUUUCCUAGAGAUGAAGGCACCAAGGAAGUGUGCCAAGUUCUGGGAAUGGGAUGUAAAGUAUUUCUCCUCUUUGGAUCUCUUUUUAUAUUCGCCGGUGUAUUGAUAUUCAUGGGUUUCUUGCACUUAUUUCACGGUACGAGUACGACGGACUCUGGCAUGGAUCGCAUGGAUUACAAGAGUGUGAACACAAAUAUGGGUCGAAUACGCACUAUGGGCGCAUGGAUUCAGGAUCAGCUAAAGUACAACGGGGAGAUGUUCGGACGAUUUGUUGUCCACCAUGCAUGGUUCGCCUUCUUCUUCGGAUCUUUUAUAGCAGUCAUCUCAAUUUCUGGGAACGUUUUUCUAAAAUUUACUAAUGAUCCGUUGGAAAUGUGGACAUCAGCACACAGCCUAGCCCGUCAAGAGAAAAAAGUUUUCGAGCAGAGUUUCGGGCCUUUUUAUCGCGUUGAGCAAAUAAUUAUGUAUCCGAAAUCUCUGGAACAGGUCGUGAUAGGCCCACAUGGGAUUCGAAUGGGAGCAGUUUUCCAGAAAAAUUUCAUUAACGAGGCAUUUGUUAUUCUGUCACGAAUCCUUGGCAUCACUGCACGAAUGGCGGAUGGAAGGCGUGUGACUCUUGAUGACGUGUGUUUUCGACCUAUGGGGCACGAUUACGAUUGUCUACUUUUCAGCCCAACGAAUUAUUUCCAGCAAAAUGCAUCUUUGCUUAAUAUUUCUAUCACUGCUCACGUCACAACUCAAGCAAAAGCUGAGUCGGAUGACCUCGAUUAUUAUUCUGAUGAAACAGAGGCACCAGAAGAAAAGAUCGAGACGAGGAAUUAUUUGGACCAUAUUUAUGAUUGCAUAGAGAAUCCAUACAACAUUGAAACAUCAACGAAUAUGAGCUGCCUUGGCACAUUCGGUGGUCCUGUUUUCCCUGAGCUGGUUUUCGGGGGUGUGUCCGAAGAUUCUCAGUUGACUGAUUCGAACGCGCUUAUAAUCACAAUACCGCUUAACGGCAAACUGUCAAAUCAGAAGAAGGCAAUGGCGUGGGAGCAAGCGUUUAUCAGUCUGCUGAAAGAAUACAAACAUGACGAUAUUCAAGUUUCCUUCAUGGCCGAGAGGUCUAUUUCGGAUGAAAUCGAAAGGGAGAAUUCGUCUGAUGUGUAUACUGUACUGAUCAGCUGUAUACUAGUGAUUGGCUAUGUUGCGUUUGCACUGGGACAGUAUAUUGUGACGGAUAACAACCUAUUAUCUCUAUUAGUACAUUCCAAAAUUAUUGCUGGUGUAGCUGGUGUCGGUAUCAUUAUGUGCAGUGCCGCAAGCUCAGUCGGCGUGUUUUCUCUCUAUGGAAUAGGUACAUCCAAAGCUGCUCUUGUUGUGCUUGUAUUUGUGGUCCUGGCUAUUGGAGUUAACCGGGUUUUCAUUGUUGUUCAGGCAUAUCAGAGGCUCGAAGAUAGUGCUGGUCAAUCAGUUGAAGAUCGAAUUGCCAAAGUUUGCGGUCAAGUGAUGCCAUCGAUGUUGCUUAGUACGCUUACGGAGAGCUUAUGUUUCUUUGUUGGUGCUAUCUCCGACAUGCCUGCGGUACGUGGAUUCUCCUUGCUUGCUGGUUUAGCAGUCAUUUUUGACUUUAUUUUUCAAAAUACUAUAUUUCUGGCCAUAUUUGUUUGGGAUUGCAAGAGGGAGGAGGAAGGGAAACCUGAGCUUAUGUACCAUCGGAAACUUGACACUGAACGAGUGGAUAACGAAGGCUACAUUUAUGAGGUGAUGAACAAGUACGCAGCACCUCAGUUAAUGAGGAAAUGGAUGAGAAUGACAGUGCUAGUAGUGUUUAUUCUAUGGUUCUGCUCCUCACUCUGCAUAUUCCCAUUCUUAAAUCCUGGUUUUGAUCAGAAGGUAGCCGUUCCUGAGGACUCCUACGUUUAUCUUCAUUUCAAAAAUUUGGAUCGUCUCAUGAACGUUGGCCCGCCGGUGUAUUUUGUAGUGGAGGGAGAACUGGAUAUGCACACCAAACAGAUCCAGGAUAAAUUCUGCACAAUAGGCGGAUGCUCUGAAAAUUCCGUUGGUGCGAUCCUUAAUGAAGCAGCCGCACAUUCCAAUCGGACAUACAUCAAGGGAAACGUGUUGAACUGGGUGGACAACAUGAUUCAGUGGUUGAACAAGGAAAGUGAUUGUUGCAAAGUGUACAACUAUGAUAGAAAUGUGUUCUGUCCGAGUAGUAGGAAAGACUCUUAUAAUUGCUCGAGCUGUGAUCCGAACCAAAGAAAUGGUCGACCUACAGAAGAACCUUUCUACAAGCAUUUAAAGGAUUUUAUGAAUGAUGUGCCUAAUGCGAACUGCAUUGUUGGAGGACGAGCCGCCUUCAAGGAUGCAAUUCUUCUUAAUCCUCGAGGUCAUGUUCAAGCAUCGCACUUUAUGACCUACCAUACACCACUCCGUACAUCACGCGAGUUCACGUUGGCUAUGGAAGGCGCCAGAAAAGUUGCACGGAAAAUUGAACAGUCCUUUAAUGGAAAAGUGCACGUUUUCCCGUAUAGUGUUUUUUACGUGUUCUAUGAGCAAUAUUCGACGAUCAUCUAUGAUGCUAGUACGCAGAUUACCUUAUCAUUAGCGGUUGUAUAUGCUGUGACAUGUGUUUUACUUGGUCUCGAUCCUGUUAGUGCUUUCAUCACUGUAGUAAUAAUCGUUUGUAUUCUUGUUGAUAUGCUUGGUCUCAUGGUUUUAUGGAAAAUUGAUCUGAAUGCAAUUUCAGUUGCCAAUUUAGUUAUGUCACUUGGAAUUUCUGUAGAAUUCAUCGUUCAUACCAUUCGAAUAUUCACGCACUCGAUACGACGCACUCGAAUAGAGCGAGCAGAAGAAGCACUCGCACAAAUGGGAUCUACGGUGUUCUCAGGAAUUACACUCACAACUCUUGGAGGCACGGUUGUAUUAGCGUUCGCACACUCGCAAAUUUUCAAGGUUUUUUAUUUUCGGAUGUUUCUGGGCAUCGUUAUCAUCGGCGCUUUGCAUGGUUUGAUAUUCCUUCCAGUUGUACUUUCUUUCAUAGGAUCUCCCAUUAAUCGAAGAUUGCUGCAAGAUAAACUGCGAGAGGAAGGUUGCAAUUUGCAGGAGCAACAAACUGAGCGACACAAGAAAUUAAGUUCCAGGGAUAAUAUGGCAUCAAUUUUACCGCCGAACAUUCCGUUCGUUGACGGGUCGAAAGAAAUGCUUCAAGCCUGCUCUCCAGUAAUCUCUACCGAACCUUCAUCGAAAGUCCCCGAAGGUCCAUUACUUCACCGCUCUCUCAGGCUGGAUUGA